CAUUUUGGCGCCAACCAGGACAAAGACUCAACACCGUCAAACGGAAAUGACAUUUCUAUAGGUGGCGAUAUCGCACCACAAAGCGGUUUGUCAACCACAAUAGAAACCUAAAAGAAGGCACGUCACGCGACCAGAGACUCCCAAGAUGUCCGGUAAUGAGAAGACACAUUACAUGUGUACAUUUACAUAAACUACUGCAACGGAAGAGUUAUAACAACUUUGCUCACGCGACAUUGUAGCGUUCCUCAUUAGCAGCUGCGAGUGGAUGAAAAUUAGUUAGUCAACAUUGAAUCUGUUUGUGUGUAAAUUGUUAUACGUUAUGCUCGAAAACUAGCCAUGAAAUCAACAAUGUCGUCAACGAGCUGGGCUGCUGGAGUCACAUUGGACCACACACGACUGACGGCACGUAAAGGAUGCAUCCUUCUCCUGAAACGGACCAUGUAACACCGGUCUGACGGACAAGCCGCUUCAGCUCUGCAGCUUCGACUUCCUGUGUGACUCUCCCUCCUGCGGACUAGUCGGUUAGGACACGUCGCUGUUGGGACGUCCUCCUCCUCGUCAUGUCCAGGUCCAGUCGGAGGUACAAGCCUCUGCAGCAGAACACCGGCGGCUGUCUCGUCGGAUGUGACCGGGUGCGGAUGCCCCGGGCCCGGGUGCUUCUGCUCUGCCUCCUCGGGGUCCUGGUGCUCGCCGCGGUGCUGAGUGUCUUCCUGUCAAACGACUCCACCAACGAACAGGCGAGUCGCGUGCCGACCGCAGAUCUGACCAAAGACAGAUUGUCCCACAAAGCCAGCAAGUGCUCACCGGCUCAAAUCCGCCGUCUGGCCUCUCAGGUGGAUGGUACCCGCCUGUGGGAGACCCACCUGAGGCCCAUCUUGAUUGAGAGGCUCCCAGGGACACAAGGCAGCCUGGCGGUCCAGCAACACAUCACCUCCACUCUGUCUUCGCUGUCUGCUGGCUGGGCUGUAGACUUGGACUCCUUCCAGUCUUCAACCCCUCGUGGCCAGGUCACCUUCACCAACAUUGUUGCCACUCUGGAUCCUUUGGCCCCACGCAGGCUGCUCCUGGCAUGCCACUACGACUCCAAGGCCAUGCCUCCAGACCCCCGGGCCCCAGAGAAGGUGUUUCUGGGGGCCAGUGACUCGGCAGUGCCAUGUGCUAUGAUUCUGGAGUUGGUCACCUCUCUGGAUGCCCAGCUUCUAUCAUACAAACAGCAGAAACUCCCAGUGUCUCUUCAGCUAGUGUUUUUUGAUGGGGAGGAGUCAUUUGAAGAGUGGACCGACACAGACUCGCUGUACGGCUCCCGUCACAUGGCUGAGCGGAUGACCAACACGCCUCAUCCUGCAGGCGCCACACACACCACCAUGCUUCAGGCUGUGGACCUUUUUGUGCUGCUAGACCUGCUCGGCGGUCCUGAUCCACUGAUUGUUAAUCACUUUGAUAACACGGCGCGCUGGUUUGACCGUCUGAUCGCUGCAGAGAAGAAACUCCAUCGACAGGGUCUCUUGACGUCUCACCCCUCAGAGCAGACAUAUUUUAGGAAGGAUGUGUACCUCGGACCUGUGCUCGACGACCACAUCCCCUUCCUUCACAGAGGUGUCCCUGUGCUACACGUCAUCGCCACUCCCUUCCCACAGUUCUGGCACACACUGGACGACACAGAGGAGAACAUGCACCGUCCCACUGUGGUGAACCUCACCAAGAUCCUUGCUGUGCUUCUGGCAGAAUAUCUGGGCUUCUGAACACAAAACUCUGACAAAUAUUGGGGUGAAGUUGCUCACAUUUUACCCCUUACUGGAGUGCUAAUGCUUUUUGUCACAAUGAUGACAAAAAAUGGUAUAAUGACCAGCGUAAAUUGAACCUAAAGGCACAAAUGGAGAACUUGGUGACAUUAAGUAAACUGUUCUGUAACCGGUGUACCAGAGAAACCGUUUGGAAAGUUGAGUCUGUGAAUUUAAAGUCACACUAUUUUUUAUUUAUUUAGCUUCAUUCCUGUGAAAUAUUAAGCAAAAAACAUUCUAAUGUAUGUCCCCCAUUGAUAUGAUUGAGAUGCACUAAUGUCAGAGAAGACAGACUUUGUAACGAGUUGAGGUCUCUCUACUAUAAACACUCAGUCAUAUCUGUGAAUAAUGAUUUACCUUCACUUGACGGAGGAUCCUCUUGGCCUUACAACCUGCCGUUAUUAAUUCCAGCUAUAUUAUAUGGCUAUACUGCACAUUUUGUGCCAGUGCAAUGAAGUUAUUGGAGUUAAAAUGCAACAUAUUUUUAUUUACACCAUGUAAAAGGUGUGCUGAAAAGUCUGCAAUAAAGUUGUAUUGAAUUUCUGUUUAGAAUCUGAUGUGAUUUUGGGACGUCAAAAACACUGAAAAAGUCCACGGAGGAACAUUUAGUCCCUAACUCACCUCCACUUUGACAAGUUAAAGAACGAUGUCUGAAAUGUAAUGUUUUGGUCACAAAUAUUACUUGCAAAGUAUUUGUUUUACUGACAUCAUAAAAUAAACUUUUCAGAAGACGUGAAA